AUGUGGGAUCGGCUCAUCAACGAGGAAGACAACGCAUGGUUCAACGAGCUGCUUCGAGAAAAGCUGCAGGAGCAUUUCAAAAAGCAGUGGAGCGCUGUCAUCAAGCAGGAGCCGCUGAUUUUUAUUGACUUUGCAGAUAGCAAGGCUCCGUACUACCAGCAGGUUGUUGACUAUGAGCAGCUCAAUGAUGUGCUGAAGAACCGCUUGAUGGACUACAAUUCCAUGGCCAAGCGAAGCAUGGAGCUCGUUCUCUUCAUGGCGGCUGCGCAGCAUAUUUGCCGCAUUGUGCGUGUUUUGAAGACGCCUCUGGGCAAUUCGCUUCUCGUUGGUGUCGGAGGCAGCGGCCGCAAGAGCUUGGCAUCCUUAGCCACCUUUGUGGCCGAGUGA